UCCGUUUGAAGCUGUUAUGAGCACAUGCUAAAGUGGUUCUUUGCUGGCGUUCUUUUCGUGCUUCGGUCGCAUAACUUCGAAUAACAGUUUCGUGACUCGAAUUGUUUGGUGUUUUUCUUCGAAUCGGCAGUGUUUGUCUUUAUCGUGUAUGUAUUGGUGUAAACAGAAACGGUGUUGAUAUUCUUUUCCGUUUCGUUCUGUCAUCGGGUGUCACUUGUUCUGUGCUGCGCUGAGGAAUGUUCUGCUGCUUCUUACGCGAGACGUUUUGAUAUGCUACACAUGCUCAAGCUUCGCGGUGUAUUGCAAUCACUGUUGCCUUUUGUGCUGUGACUUCCGGUGUCAUCAGGUGCACCGUGGAUGAGUUAAAUCAAGUUGUCUGUGCCUAAAGGAAAAAAUCUCUCAUAAAAAGUGCUCCGCUACACGACACGACUGGGACUCGAAAGGGCUGAAAUUGAGCUGAAACCUUUGCAACACGGUGUUUACAGCAUAAUCACUGCUAAGUUCGCGAAACGCGUUCUCCUUGCGGAAUACGUGAUUGGAUUGGUGGCAUUGAGGGAGCGUGAAUGUGAAGUGCAGAAGUUUAUUUUUGCAAUUGCCGUGUAUUUGUGUCUCUGGCUAGUAUGAUCGAACUGGAUUAAUAUUCAUCUCUGUUCGAAUCUAGACGCCUAUCGUUGUGCGCUGUUCGACGACGUUAGCUAAUUAAAAAGGCGACGACUGCUUGUUGAUUCGAAGGCUGCGAUCGUUGCUGAGCGGUUUGACCGAUAAAUGAAGAGUGAUUUUUUGAUGACGGCGAUGGACAUCAAGCCGUAAAUUUCAUAUUAUUUUUUUUCUCGGAACGAGCGUGAUAACGAACGGAAGUUUUUAUUGCCGUGUUGGAUCCUGUGCCACUGCCAGUAGCUUGGAUAUCUGCUGUAGGAUGAACAGCCCCUGACUUCUUUUCCGAGUUCUAGCUGUGAGUUACCAUUCUGACGAUUGCAAGAGUACCGGUAACAUUUUCUAGUGUUUUUCCGUGAUGAAAAAGUCAAACGCCGAAGGUGUACUUUGUCCUCUUGCAACCUUUUAACAGUCAGCAGUGCAAAAUCUCAUUUGCCGCGUGAUAGAAAACGUGAUUGUUCGUGGGGGUGUAUUUUUUUUGUUCAAGCGUGUCUCGUGGCGCUUUAUUUUCCCCGACUAAGUUUGUGUAGUGUGAAUUGUGGAAGUGCCUCAAAUCUGCUCGGCGGUCUAGAGAGGACGUAAACGAAGAAUGGUUGUGUGAAUACCAUAAAAGUUAAUUGUAAAUGAAAUUACGCUAAUACACAUUGUUCGGAACGACCGCGGGAAAUUGGUUCAUAUCUGUUGCAAGCUGCUCAAAAUUUAUUCGCUCUCUAAAGAGCACGGUGUGUGGAAGUGAAUAAUCACCGAUCGGUCUGUGAAAAAAGUGUAGGUGCAACGUGGAAAAUUAUCGAAUGAAAAAUAAGCAUCAUCUGAUUCGAAAGCGGAAAAAUUGCAUCGCCCUGCGGUAUCAUUAGUGCAGUAAUGGCCUUAAAGUGAAGUAAAAUAAUGUGAAUUUUUACCAUGCUUUUAUGCUGAUGUAAGCAGAAGUAAAAGUAUUCUGAUAUCAAAGUGAAAUAACAACAGCAAUACAAGAAGCUUUCGGAAGAGAUUAUUCACACAUACAGAGUGCUAGACCGUUACCCAAAUUUCUCCAAACAAAGAAGAAAAACAAACAAGCAAGAAACACAUACCUACACUUGCCCCGGAAUAAUCGAACAAAAUCGUUUACCUAUCUGAUAGGGUGAUAAAUAUCGGAUUAGCACGAGCAUUACAAAGCAUCUACGAGGUACUGGAAAUGUUUACCGACCAAUGCGUGAAUAAUUUGUGAGAUAACGAACAGCAACUUGUUCCGUGUUAUAGUCACCAAAGAAUGGAUUCCUUAUUGAGCGCUGCGUACUUAAAUGCAUUUGCAAUCUACAUUUCCUAAGCCAGAUAUAAAAGUAGCCGGGGUCCGGUGCUAAGGUCAAGCGAACGUCGCCGUCCACAAAGUAUAUCAUCAUCCACCUCCACACUGCUGCCCCGCGUGGUGCUAAACCGCAUCGAUCCCCGCGAGUUCGAGCGUAUCCGCGUCUCGUACAAGGUUGCCAUCCGAAGCACCCGCAGCAGUCGUACCAGCAGUAGUGUUCACACUGGUAUGAGCAUGGGCCAAAAGAUCAGCGGAGGUGUUAAAACGGUCAGCAGCCGUGACCAGCCAUCACCAUUCAUUCCGAAGAUUCCUCGCGAACUGGCAGCGCAUUUCCAGCGGCCAGCACGUCUCGAUCUCCUUCUUGAUAUGCCCCCGGUAGCACGGGAAACACAGGUCAAAUAUUCCUGGAACUCGGAGGACCGCUCGCUGAAUGUGUUUGUGAAAGAGGACGACAAGAUGACAUUCCACCGGCAUCCGGUGGCGCAGAGCACAGACUGUAUACGAGGCAAGGUGGGCUUCACCAAGGGCCUGCACGUGUGGGAAGUGUUCUGGUCGACGCGGCAACGGGGUACUCAUGCUGUGAUCGGUGUUGCCACAUCCGAGGCACCACUCCACUCCGUAGGUUAUCAAAGUCUGGUCGGCUCGAACGAUCAGAGCUGGGGCUGGGACCUGGGGCGCAAUAUGCUGUAUCACAACUCGAAAACCUGCCCGGGCGUGACGUACCCUGCGAUACUGAAACCAGACGAGACCUUCCUAGUGCCGGACAAAUUUCUAGUAGCGUUAGACAUGGACGAGGGCACGCUCAGCUUCAUCGUCGACGGCCAGUAUCUGGGGGUGGCGUUCCGGGGACUCAAAGGACGGAAGCUGUACCCGAUCGUGUCCGCCGUCUGGGGGCACUGCGAAAUCACAAUGAAAUACAUCGGUGGUCUCGAUCCCGAACCGCUCCCACUGAUGGACCUGUGCCGACGAGUCAUCCGCCAAAAGAUCGGUCGGACGCACCUAGAGGAACGCAUCGAACACCUCCAGCUGCCGCAGUCUAUGAAAACCUACCUGCUGUACCGGGAUCGGAGAUAAUAGACAACCCAAAAGCCGACUACUAAUUAUUUAAUGAAAAUAAUUAUUAUCGCUUACUACUAUUAUUAUUGGCUAGAUAUUAAUUUCUCCUCUGAUUAACAGACCGAUAAUUAGGGUUCACAAUUUUUCUUUGGUCGUGUCUCGGCAACGAUGUACGUGUAAUUGAUUACGUUUUAGGGAACGCAUUCUAUCUGAGUUCUAAGCAUAGGGAAUAAUAAAGAAAAACAAAACAAGCGAUACUUUUCAGUUCUGUUCGCAAGCUGACAGGAUAAUUUCCACCACCCCAACAAUCUCAUUUUUUUUACUAUACGGACUCUGCGAUAAGUAAACCUUAAGGAAAAAUAGUAACACUAGGAGAAACACUAAGAGAAAAAAACACAGAUGCAAAGUAACAGAAAAUUAAUUAUAUAUAUUGGAGAAAAAUAUAUGGAAAAGGCAAAACAUAUUUUCACUUUUAAAAAGCUGUAAAAAGGAAGCAAGAAAACUUGUAAGAUAGAUCAAAUUGAAAUCAAAAAGCGCAACCACUUUAUUGAUUUUAGCAAUUGUAAAAAAUUAAGAGAGGAAAAUGGCUGACUUUCCCUUCCAAGCCCCAAACCCAACUCCCACCCCCCAUGUAUUCCUUUGAGUAAGCUCAGCAAACGCAUGAUGUGUUCUGUUUUUUAAGCUUUUAAUCUGUAACAUAUGUCGUCACACUUGAAACCCGCAAACUGGUUAAUAAAAUCGCAAAAAAUAAGAAAACAACAGUUUAACAAAAAACAAUGAAGCAAACCAAUCGCUACUUUUUGCAUUUAUCAUCCGAGGUUGGGAUGAUUGCCAGUCACACCCAAACCGAGGAUGAUCUGUUCUUCCAAAUAUAUGAGAAAAAGGAAAUACCAUCUUUUGAAAUACGCUAGGCCAGAUAAAAAGUAAUAUUUAUUUACAAUACAGAACAAUAGAAAUAUUGCAGGCCUCCCGCAGGAUUCCUGAUCGGUUUCGUGGGUGAAUUGUAAUCUGAGACUGAGGCUAAGAAGAUGCGCACUCUAAUAUUUAGAAAACGGAAUGUAAUCCGUAGUUAAAGAUGAUUCCGGCACGCAUCCACUUAUCCACAUUCGUGGCAGUCUGCCGGAAAUUCAACCACCACAUCACACACACACAGAACGCUCUUUCGCCUUUACCUUACGUGCGAUACAAGUUCAACCACGAAAUCCAAUCGCCUCAUUCAAGAGUCUGAGUCUCAACAAAUAGAAAACAAACAUCACCAAUAGCAACCAUUCUUUCUUUUUGUAGAAGUUUAUUCGUAUAACCUCAAGAAAGCGGAGAAGAAUGGAAAAGAAAAUAAAUCAGCUGAAUUGAAAGCAACAAACAACAAGGAUAAGACAAACAAGAAAUCCGUGUGAUUUUUUUUAUUAUUUGAAGUGAUUUAAAUUUAGAUUGAGUAAUUACAACUUUAUUAAAACUAACACGAAAGUGAGAUAUCGGGAAAAUGAGUAAUGAGAGUGAGUGCGUGAGCCAGAAAUAGAGUAAAGGAAAAUAAAAAAACACACCAACCGAGUGUAAUAACAUGAGCAAGGUGUACGAGUAAGUUAGGAAACCUUAGUUUUAUAAGAAUAUCGAAUGUGAAUAUGAGCGAUGAAGCAUCCGAGUAGGCGGGCGAAGAAAGUCCGUUUCUUUCCAAUUUCGGCGGCUGACUGCGACUGUGGGUGAACGUGAAUGCGAGAGGCUCAGUCAAUGUGGGACUAUUCUAGCAGUAUAAAGCAAACAAGUAAAACAACACAAACUAUCGAAUUAGUAUGAAAGUCAAGCAAAUCACCGAAUAUUUGAUUAUCACUGGAAAAGAGAAUACAAUGUAGAAAUCGAACAAGACGUAAUCAAGGGGCUUCUGUCGACCGACUCGCGCCAAUCUCUAUAGGUUAUGUGCUCUUGUUUUCGAAGAGCAUCAUCCUUCCACGAAUAUGAACGACACGAGCUAGAGCUAGCGAAAUGGUAAAGAGGGGCAAACGGGCUCGACCAGAAGAACCUAACAGCAUUAAUGAGAAUAAUUUGAAUGAAACCUCGUCUUAGAUAUUUCUUUUUCUGUUUUAAAUUUUUGCUAAACAUUUGACAGCUACUCAAAGUCUGCGAAACUAGUGUUCUUCUGAGCUGUUCCUUCCGCAGUGCCGCAACGGGCAGUAAUCGACCAUUUAAUUUAUUGUUAACUGGAAAUUCUUGUUGCCAUAAAUCAAACUGAAACACCACAACACGUAGUUACUGUGAAUUGCCAAUAGGAAAGAAAAAAAUGCAGUUGGUGCAGCUCAGACGUAAAUCCGCUGAAUAAUUUUGUUUUAUUAUAUUUUUUUUAUAAAUUCAAACAUUCUUGUUUGGUCAAAGCAACAAAUAAGACAAAACAAAAAUUAUGAAGUGAUUUGACUUAUGUUUUAGGUUUCUUUGUAUAAAAUCUCUCCUAUGUUUACUUUUUCUUUGUUCAAUUUAUUUUCAUUUUUGAUUAUAUAGUAUAAAAUGCUUAAAACAAGAGAAAUAGUCAAAAUAUAGAUAAAUGAUUUUUAUAUGAAUGUCUUCAGAGUUUUAUUGUUUUCCAAAUCCUUUAUUUUUAAGAUAUUCCAUUAGUCGUUUCCACCUCUUUCUAGUGAGAAGCUGGCAGUAGCUUGCAAGAAAGCUUCCAUUUGAGGAUAUAAUCGUGGCCAUUGCGUCAGUUAGCAGAAAAAAAAAUCAAAGUCACGCCCGCUACUAUACGAAAUGCACAACUAUCUUCACUUUGGCUGCGUACGCAUGCAUGUUCCCGCCUACGGGUAUGCAAUCGAAUAACGUAGUGGAUAAAUUGAGUAACACAUGUGCAGAUCACUUCCAUUAUAGUCGCACAAGCAUGAGCUCCCGCAAAAUACGAUACAACCCGGAGAUCCCUACUAUGACGCAAUAACCGACGGAACAAUUCUAGUCUAACCACAAUAAGAAAAUGAGAGAGAAAGUGAAAGUGUGCAUGAGGACUACAAUCGAAACGGAACUUUCCAGCAAUUAUUAAUCAUUUUAAGUAGUAUCAAUACGCGAAAACAAAAACUAAACUGGAAACCAUUCCCAACAAUGCCAACGCACGCGGGCAGAACGUGCGAAUAAAAGCCGCGAACUGAGAGUAUUAAUUGUGCUGUAACAUUCGCUAAGAAUUCAACAAAUAAAGAAGAUCGAAUGGUAAAUUAAAAACUUGCGAAACUGGUCAGUCAGAAAAGAACGACGUAAGCACAGGCAGGCACCAGAAAGAUAAGCUAAGACUAACUGAGCAACAAUUACUAGGCAAAUGUGUAGAAGCUAGAGAACUAAUCAAGAGCAAACAGAACAGCUAAACGAUAUUCUAUCUAAUAUGCAAAACAGAACUAUGCUACCGAACAAAUGGAAUAAACAGUUCAAGUUGAAACGAUACUAACCAAUAACCGUAACAAUACGCAAACUGCUGAACACAGACGAAAGUAAUGAGAUAAUUCUUUGAACAGGAUAAGCAUUAUGGUACAUGAUAACAAGAAAAACCAAGUAAACAAUAAAUGUCUUUUUGUAUAAAAACUGAUUAUUAAAAAAUAAAACAAUAUUAUAAAAUAUUUA